UCCCCAAACGACGAAUAUGGGAGAAAAGAGAAUCCGCAGUCGGAAGAAACACGAGGGAAGGAAUCGUCAUUAUUUUUGAAAGCCAUCUUUUCGUUACAAAAUGUGUUCUCUCAGCAGCCGAAAAUAAUUCGGAUUGAUUUAAUUCGUUAAGGCGCCUACAGUUAUGUUCAUAUUGCCAACAAAUCGCACUCUGGAGCCGUCGAUAGAGCCAGAAAAAGAGUGUUUCCGUGUGCGUUAGUGUGCGUGCGUGUGUCGGUCCGCGAACACAGUCGGUGUGCAAAGCGAGGGGCAAAGGCAGAGAGAGAGAGAGAGCCAGGAGAGUGAACGCGGGCAACGAACGGCGUGUGAAGGACGUGUCGCGGUCGCGGGCGGUGCAGAAGGAGCGAAUCUGAUCGGAUCGCCAAUGCCCAGCAGCUAGCUAGGACAGCAGCCAGCGGAACGGCCACGGCCAACCUCCAUAUCCUCAAUCAGCGGCGCCAACACCCCCACCCACCAAGAUUCCACCACAAAUCCCCGCCACCAGCGGCAGCAGGAGCAUCGCCAUGCCCGUGUCGGUGGCCGUGUGCGAAACGGCGAAUGUCGUCAAUGCCGCCCUGCGAGAAUCGCUCGGCGUUUCUGUCGGCGUCGGGAGCGGCGGCGGAGCGGCCAGGGCGGCGGCUGCUGCUGACGAGGCCAAAACCGGCGACGAUUCCGGCAAUCUUCAGAGCCACAUUGCAGCAAGUGCUAAGCGCAUUUUGAUGGCUAAAGUCGAGUAUGAGGAGGUGCCAAACUACCACGAAUCGGUGCUGGAGAACCUCAAAUCGAAGUACAUUGUCAUCAAGCCAAGCAAUCCCGGCGCCACCAACUGCAACGGCUUCGGCAGCCCCAACAAAAACAAUGCUGGCAAAGUUGUGGGCGCAAAUGGACAUGACAGUACCAACGGCGGGUGUACUCGCAAGGAGCACUCCAAUCACAGCCACAACAACGGACCACAUGCCCAUCCAAAUGCGACUGCGACUGCGAAUCCAAAUCCCAACGAACUGCCUAAACCGAAGCGUGUCCUAUAUCCGCGCGAGAACAUUCGCAUCGGAUGGAAGCAAUCGGAGCGCAAGUGGCAGGUCGGUUCUGGCAUGAUCAAUGUGGGCAACACCUGCUACCUCAACUCGACGCUGCAGGCGCUCCUCCACAUUCCGGCGCUGGCCAAUUGGCUAGUAUCGGAGCAGGCCCAUGUGGAUAACUGUAUGGUGGCCGAGUCUGGCGGCUGUUGCAUCGUUUGCGCCAUGGCCAAGACGCUCCAGGCAACCCAGGGCAAUCAGUCUGCUGUGCGGCCUUUUCACAUCUAUUCAAAGCUGAAGCAAAUUUGCAAGCACAUGGUCGUCGGUCGGCAGGAGGAUGCACAUGAGUUCCUUCGCUUCCUUGUAGAGGCCAUGGAACGGGCCUACCUGAUGCGCUUCCGCAACUACAAGGAGCUGGACCAGCUGGUGAAGGAGACCACGCCGCUGGGGCAGAUCUUUGGCGGCUACCUACGCAGCGAGGUUCGCUGCCUUAGCUGCAAUCACGUGUCCAUCACGUUCCAGCACUUCCAGGAUCUGCUCCUCGAUAUACGCAAGGCAGACACGCUGGAGGAGGCCUUCGAGGGUCACUUUUCGCGUGAGCGACUCGAGGAUAUGGGCUACAAGUGCGAGGGAUGCAAGAAGAAGGUAUCGGCCACCAAGCAAUUCACCUUGGAGAGGGCACCUAUCACACUGUGCAUCCAGCUGAAGCGCUUCUCCAUGAUGGGCAACAAGCUAACCAAGCAAAUCACCUUUAAGCCACGUAUCGAUCUGAGCAAAUUCGCUGCACGUUCAGCGGCGGCACAAGCCCAACCGCUUACAUACCGCCUCGUCUCGAUGGUCACCCAUUUGGGGGUGUCGCAGCACUGUGGUCACUACACAGCCAUCGGCUCCACGGAGGCAGGCAGCUAUUACAACUUCGAUGACAGCUAUGUGCGGCCCAUUGCCAUGCAGAGCGUGUGCAACACGAAUGCCUAUAUUAUGUUCUACGAACUGGACCUCUCGCAGGUCUCCAGUCCGUCGGUGGCCGGUCGGGGAAAUGGCUUGCGUCUCGUCAAUGGCCACAGUCCGCUGCCAGUGCCAGCUACUGUAUCCUCCUCGCCCACCCGCUUUAUUGGCCCCCAGCUUCCGCCUGGCGGUAUCAAUGGAUAUAGCAAUGGUCAGAAUGCACAGAAAACGGCUAUUCAGUUCAAGCAGCACCAGAACGGUCUCCAGCUGGCUACCGGAAAGUUUCAAGACUCUGCAAAGUCUCCACUGGCUGCCGUACACAUUAAAAACGAAGCUGCUACAGCAGCUUCCACUGCAAAUGGUAACAAAAGUUCCUCCUUCACCAACACCACCACCAGCAGCAGCAGCAACCACAAAUCAAUAAAUCAGCAACACUACCUGCCAAUAUCCUCUGACGAUGACGACGACAGCGAGGAUGAAAGCAAGGCCAGUCGGUCAUCAGCCCAGUUGCCGAGCAUGCCCAAAAUGAUGGAGGAUAGCCCGGAGAAACCAAAGACGCCGGUGAAGGUCCAAGUGAAGAUUAGCCCCGUCAAAACGCCCCUCAAGAGCCUAGUGCCCUACGAAUCAGCUUCGGAGGAGGAGGAUACCCCACUGCCUCGCAAGCGACGAAGUGACUGCGAUUCGAGUGAUUCAGAGCCGGAAUCGGGAUCGGUAUCGGGGCCGCCGGUCAAUGGUCACAACAAGACCAAUGGCACGGGCACUGGUCUCACCAAUGGCUGCUCGGCGGUGGCGGCGUUAUCGGUUCACGUUAACAGCAGCAAACAAAAGACUGACGCCAUCGACGAGAUCUUCAAGAGCUUGAGCAAGCACAGGUCCGCUGACAGCGAAGACGACGACGAUGGGGAUGAUGAGGAGGCGGCGGCAGUAGCGUUGCCGAGCAGCCAGCUCACCAACGGCUGGCAUCCGCAAAAGAAAUCCCAGUCACAAAACAGAGCGCCGCCAUCGCCUAAGACGCCGCCUUCGCCGGCGGUCAUCAAGUCGAAAACGGGCAUCUGGAAGAUAACCCGCAAUGAUGAUGAUGAUAACGAUGAUGAUGAAGAUGAUGAUAAGGAGGAGGCAGCCCAAAUCCAGUCUCCGACCAAGAGCCAUCGGAAUCCGUUCGCCAGCAGCAAACCCUCCGCAGCAGACUCGCCAGUAACGCCUGGAGCAAAGCGUCAGAAGCUGCUCAACGGGAGCGCACUUAAGACGCAGCAGCCCAUGGCGAGGAUAGGAAAUGGAUACCAAAGCGAGGCCACAGCGAAUGGCGGCACGAUUAACGAGCUGCUGAAGCAAACGCAUCGGGGAUACGGCUCCUCGGUGCUCAGCUGGAACGGCAAGCCCGCGGAGCUGGAGAAAGAGCCUUUUGAGUUGGUUUGUGCGGAACGGAUAGCUGGUCACGGCAGUGUGGAUGGCAGCGAUAUCGUCGCGGAGAAGAGCUCGGCGGCAGUCAACAACAUGGCCAGUGGUGGUGGUGAAGACUCGGCCACAAUAGCAGAUGCAGGAGCAGCACUACUUGUGGAGGCGCGGGAGCAGCGGCAGCGGGACCAGGACGAUGACGAAGAGAACGAAAUGGAUCGCGGACGGCAGCGAAAAGUCAAGUCUGGAGGAUCGGCCAAGGGCAGCAAUAGCAGCAACAGCACGCCCGGCUACAAUCCAUUCCAGGAGUACGAGGGCCAGAAGAGAUGGCACAAGAAUGGCGGAGGUGGCGGUGGCUUUCCGCGUUCUUACAACCAAAACUUUCGCCAGAACUUCCAGCAGCGCCACAAGUUCAAGUUCAAUCGCUUUGGGGGACAGGGCAGCGCCAAGUUCCAACAGCGAGCCCUGCAGCGUCACCUGGCCGCCGGCGGUGGCUUCACCCGACGCCAGCAUCCAACGGGACACCAACAGCAGCAGCAGCAAUCCUAACUGGAUAAGGAUAGACGUCUUGGAUUUGGACCAGCGACUGCGGCAUGUGCAUUUGUUAUGGGAUUUCAAUUUCGCAAGAGUUUUGUAACCGUUUUUUAACUGCUUAUGAACAUAUUAGGAGUAGGAACUAGGCUUAGAAACAAGUAAGCUAUAAGCUAGAGCAUAACUGUUGCCCCCAAACCCAACACUACCACAUAAUAUCCCCGCUUAGACCCUAAGCCUAUGAUUAAGCUGUAAGAGAAAAAUAGUGGGAAAGGAUUACGAGAGGCCACGCCAGGAGGGUGUUCCCCCUACUUGCCCCUCUAAAUGUAUCAUUUUAAAAAAAUGUUACCCCGCUAAAAACACAGCGCAACAUGAAAAUAAAGCAACCCAUUUUAUUUGUAAGACUCAACUAAAAAAACUAAAACCCGGAAAAAACCCUUUGUACAUAGAAUUCAAGCCUAGACCUAGAGGACCCCAUGGAAAAACAACAAAAUUUAUUGUAGUUUUAGCAACCACCUUUUAUUUAUAGAAUUUUACGGAAAAGCGGCGAAAAGCAGCCAAUUGCCAAUAUGUUAACCCGCAAAAAUAAAGCAUGCUCGAUGUAUAUGAUA